CCUCCGUUUCGUACACGUGUUUAAUAUCGGUGUAUCUAGGUAUACGCGAGUUUUAAGCCUCUCUGGAACGAGGACGGAGGGUGACGAGCCGCCCUUAUUGUAACCCCGGAACAAGAACCUCGAGGACCCGAUGGUAUCCCGAGUCCUGAGAAUAAACUCCCUCGUCAAUCCCAAACUGCCACUCGAACUCCAGGUCAAAGUUUACUCAGGUUUAGAAUUUUUCAACCGCCCUCACGGAAUCCCCUUCUCCGUCAUCCGAUCUGUUCGUUUUCGGAUAUCUGAAUGUCCACAGAAAAAAAAAAAUAAAAUAAAAUAAACGAGAGAAGCAGAGGAGAUUAUUGCAUAAGAUUGUUUUCUGGACGGAUUAAAGAAGGGCCGAUUCCGAAUUUCGUCAUCGCUGAGAGAAAAAAAAGUAGCCCACACAUUUUUCCGCGAUGCCAGAGACGCAAGAUUUGCGAACGAGACUCAAAAAGCGAAUCCUAUUUAUGAGGCAUUUUUCGGUCCGCCGCGAUGUUGAUAUACGAUCGUACGGAUUCGUAUACGGCGAGUAGAAACAAAGGAUCUACCUCCUAAAACCUUCGAGAGCAUUUCGGCCCUUUUAUCCUUCAUUCAGAUCUCCGCUUGUCACCCGUUCGGAACUUAUACUUGUAGCAGGGGGCCCCGGGAUGAUCCGAUGUAUUUAUCUUUUUUAAUCUGUCAGGCCUUAAAUCUCCCGAGUCCCUAAGGAUAAACCAAAGUAGACCCGCAGCGGGUGGCCGUCCGGCGGUACCUGCUGAGAGCACCUUCUGUGCCCAGCAUGGACGGGCUGGAAAGCCAGGACGAGAAAAGAUCCAGCGCUUCCCGAAGGAAUGCGAUUCGACCGGGAUAUGACAUUGGAUAAUUCACCGGAGCCUGUCUUAUCGCUUGUUUCAGUCCCGACCGUCGCCAUGGUAUGGGGCCCCGAAAGAGGAGGAGACCAAUGCCAGAAUUUUGUCAAAGAGACAAUCGCGAAGGAUCGAGCGACCGCUGCCGACGACACGCCGUCAAGGAUGCACAAUACUUGGCUCUCUCAGGGGUGCGAGACAAGAUCCGGACCGGAAUAUCUCAUCCGAAAGUACACCUUCUUUGAGAACGGUACUUUUCUACUUUUACGACAUCACUACGCCGAAGAGUCCUGCAGCGUUGCGACUCACACUGUAACGUCUCGCGGUGUCCUCUGGCUGAUUUCGCCCUCCAUCCUGACCCCAGGGGCGACAGAAGCCCGAUUUCAAUUGGACACCGUUCACGUCAUCCCGCUGAAUCGCCAGGUGGCUCACAAGCUCGGUCACAGGGUGAAUUCGUCUUGCGGGCAUCAGCCGAAAUGGCGGCCCUACGUCCCUCAGCUUGUAUACGAACAACCGCUCGAACACCGUAUCGCAAAUCCUCUCUGGGAAGGUCCGAGGUAUAAUUCGCUUCAAGGUAACACGCCGUCCAGAAAACGCCGGGGUUUCGACUGUCUGGAACCCCUAGGAAUAGAAUUUGGGGAAUUGAGGCUCGUUAGGGUGCAAAAGAAACCUUUAAAUCUGAGAGAACCCAAUCCAAGAAGACCUUCGACGAGACCGAAGGUCGAACUACUUCUUGGAAGUCUGCCGUCGACCGUCCAGACGAGGUUCACCCACAAGCCCACCGGACUCCAGUCGACCGCUCUACUCCGCAUCGACUCGAUAAGCAGCUGCCCGAUGUGCAACGCGAUCGCCCGUGGCACGGAAACGAGUCCGCCGGUGAUGCACGAGCUGGCGGCGUUGCCGGCGAUCCUCGGAGGAUCUUGGGUGAGCAAGAGGUGCGAGAGUAUCGAAGGUGGCUUGUGGGUGAGACGACAAUUGCAGAUCUGGUCGGGCGAUAAACUUUGGACCGGACGUUGGGACCAUUUCGGUGAUCCGAGGUGCGGCAAUUUUCUGUACACGAUCACCGGGGCGGGUAGCUACGUGCAGAGAGCUGGAAGACAAAGACGCCAUCGGAUGGAGCAGGAGGUCGAGUCCUUCGGGACGGUGAGGAGGGGCGAUUACCUCCCCGAUCCGACGAAGGAGGAACUACGGAGAAAUCGUCGCCGUCGCGACGUCGUCCCCUGGAUGACCCCGGAACUGGCCAAGAAUAUCUGGGACAUAUACGCGCCGAAACGGGAGGAGAUAGCCGCCGAAGGGAUGCUACCGACUUUCGACGAGAUUCGGGAAGCCAUUUCAAGGGAAUCGAGCGACUCGACGCCGCCCUCGGACGAUCCGCGAUCCGAGCCGAUCCCGGGGGACAGCGAGAAGCAGAUUCGCAAACGAAACGCGAACUACGAGAGCCGCGAUUCAUACCGUCAUUUGCUUCAGAACGCCCAACCCUCUCUCGCCGAAUCUUAUCAAGCGAUGCUCCGGGGCAACCAACGCUACCAAGAAACCACACCGAAGACUCCCGUUUCGUCCGCUGCCCCCUACGUAACCCCCACGGGAACCACCGAACUCGAUCUACACGUUGCGGAAAGUAUUCUGUCGCCGGGUGAUCCUACGAUUCAAGCGAGAUGCGGGGGUGUUCAACUGUCCGUUUGGCCCAGGGAUUGCGUACCGAAAUCCCUGGAAGCUCCUGGAACGCUGGGACUCAGAGCGAGGGUCGGAGUCACCUGGACCGGGGAGUACACCUUGACAUUAGGACCCAGAGACUCCAGUCUGUGGGAAGCUCCGCUCUAUCAAUGCGGUCCCUCCAGUUUUCAUAAUCCGGAGCUUCGCGCCCACUUGAGAACCAGCGUGGGCCUAAGGUACGGUUUGUUUUUACCCUCCGGUUCCGGCGAAGCUACGAAAAUCAGAUCGGUGGUAUCGGGGCUCCUAGCUACGCUUUUAUUUUUCAUUCGAUGACGUGACACAGGCGACGACCUUCCACGAAGGUCACGUUCUCUGUCGGUGUAUUUGAACAGUUAUGCUAUCAACGAGUACACUUUAUACCACCGGAACGGUUUAUUGUAAAUAUGUAUGUUUUCAAAAUAUGUAAAAAGAUUACGCUGAAUACCCUAAAAUAAGAAAUGAUAGAAUCAAGGAUCUUCCGCGUUUAAUGUUAACGGUGGAUUCAUUUUACAAUUAGCUUUAGAUAAAUUUUCAUUCAUUAUUAAUUCGAUCGAUGUAAAUAUAGAUUAUUAUAAUUAACUUCGGCAUAUGGCGAAUCACCUGGAUUGGCACUCGAAUUACUUAACUAGUUGUUAAUAUAGAAAUAAUUAGAAAUUAGGAAAAAUUCGAUCGUGACAAAUUUUUUGUCACGACGUAGGGACCGUACCCCCAGUGAAAAUUUAGUACCCCCCUUGAAAAAAAAAAAAAAAAAGGGAUAUAAGCCCUGUGCAUAGUUAUCGAUAAUAACAUCGAAUUAGUUUAGAAAUCUUGUGAAUAUUUAUCCGUAAGAAAUACGUAUAAUUGUGUUGUACAAAUUUGUAAAUAAAAUCGCUAUUGUUUCUUACUAGA